AGUUUAGAGCAAGUAACCUCAAAUUCUUGUUCAUUUUCUACAUUGAUUUCAUAAAUAUUUUGAAAAAAAGGUAUUAUCUGCCUAAAUUCUGAGCUGACAUUAUUCCAAAAUGUUUAUUACUGUAAAAUUAUUAGCAAAUAAACACCCUUCUUUUAUUGCGCGGACAGUUUUUGUCAAAAAUAAUAACGUAGAUGAUGCAUGCAGACUUAUAAAUAGAAUCAUGGGCAAGGAAGGUUUGUUGGAGCAAUUCAGAUUAACCAGAUAUUAUGAGAAACCAUUCCAGACCAGACGAAGAAUUAAUCACGAAAAGUGCAAGGCUUUAUACAAUGAAGAUAUGGAAAGAAAAAUACAGUUUGUAUUGAGAAAAAAUAGGCAUGAACCAUUUCCUGGAUGUCACUAAAAGUGAACAUUAUUAUUAUUGGGUUAAAGUAAUGCUUAGUUUAGUGGUUGUUAAUAUGUGAAAUAAAAUGUAAUAGUAUGCAAUAA